AUGGUUUUGUGUGGCUCCCCUGUUUGCUUUGCGGAUGACGUGAUUUUUAGCUUUCAGCGAUGCCGCGUUGGGGAGCAGCGCGAGUGUUUUUUAUUUUCAGUUCUUCCACGCCACACCCCCCCACUGCAACUGAUGGUAAUAAUGACACCCUCCAAUGCGGAAGGGAGUCGGGUGGUUGCGGGGCCCACCGACUGCCGGUUGUUGGGUCGGCAGCGGGAGCCUGGCUGUCGAGGGGGGUGGCGUGUGAACUUGUUGGUUUGGGUGGUGUGCUGGGUGCUGGUCGCACCGAGCCAAACUGCGAUUCCCCCAUUGUGCAUCCUUCGCUUUUUAGGAGUGGGAGCCAUAUGGCCUCAUCUGGAGGCAUAUUUUAUUAUUAUUAUUAUUAUUUUGUUUCAUGACAUUUUUGGU